AUUCUCUCAUCGCAAAUUCUCUCAUGGGAGAAUCGCAAAAUAUUUGAAUUAUUAUUUUUUUACUGAAUGCCCAUAUUUUUCAACACAUAUUCUCACAACGCUUCAAAAAGAAAUAAUACCAAAAGGAGGCCAAAAAAUAAGUUUUUGCAAAGUUUUUGUACUUAUACUGGGUAGCUUCAUAAGAAAUAUCGCCAUGUAAGAAAUGUUCUGCCAGUAUACCAUCUGCAAAAGUAAAUAGGGAAAUUUAGCUGCCAUAUUCCCCCUACGUACAUAUGGAAACAAAAUUAUAGUAUGUUUACAUUUCAUUCGCAAAGAUGGCAUCGCCACGCCCGAAAUCUCCUGGAACACCUGCUUCGAGAAAUAACUCUAAGGACGAAUCUAUUUGGGAAAAGAUCGGAACCCUUGGAAGGAAGAAAAAGAUACAACAAGUUCAGAAUGUUAGCCGCGAGGGAAAGUUCGCCAUCGACUCGCCGGGCGGCGCCGUGCUGCGCGAUCUGCCGGCCGAAUACUACAACAUCGAGGAGGGUGAGGAGCGCUCGAUGAUCGACCCCCACUCGUACAACUCGGCUCGGUUCGCCGACCUGCGGCGUGUGCUGACCGGCUGGCUGAACGAUGAGCUGGCCCAGUAUCGGAUCAUCGUCAAAUCGCUGGAGGAGGACCUCUACGACGGACAUGUGCUGCAGAAACUCACCGAGAAGCUGAGCGGUGUGACGCUGGCCGUGCCCGAGGUCACACAGUCCGAGGUAGCUCAGAAGCAGAAACUCAAGGUGGUCAUCGGGUCCAUCAACCAGAUGCUGGGUCUCGGCCACCAGGGCAGCCAGCUGUGGAACGUGGAGAAGAUCCACUCGAAGAACGUGAUCGCCAUCGUGCACCUGCUGGUGGCCCUGGUGCGCCACUACCGCGCUCCGAUCCGGCUUCCCGAGAACGUGUUCGCCAAGGUCGUCAUCGUCAAGAAGGAGGACGGUCAGCUGAGCCACCGCCUGGUCGAGGAGGAGAUGACCUCCACCUACGACGACCUGGGCCUGCGCUACGAGAGGGACGCCUUCGAUACGCUGUUCGACCACGCCCCCGACAAGCUGCAGGUUGUCAAAAAGUCGCUGGUCACGUUCGCCAACAAGCAGCUAAACAAAAUCAACCUGGAGGUGACCGACCUGGACAGCCAGUUCAACGACGGCGUCUACCUGUGCCUGAUGAUGGGCCUGCUGGAGGACUACUUCGUGCCGCUGUACGAUUUCCACCUGACGCCGCGCACCUUCGAGGAUAAGGUGCACAACGUUAGCUUCGCCUUCGAGCUGAUGCAGGACGCGGGUCUGCCGCCGCCCAAGCCGCGGCCCGAGGAUAUUGUUAAUCUGGACUUGAAGUCGACCCUUCGAGUGUUGUACAAUCUGUUUUUCAAGUACAAACAUCUGAAUUAGUGUUUCGGAGAGCGUGAUGUAUGAUAACCAGCUGACGGUUCUAACUUGGACGGCCCUUUUCAGCGUUAACUGCUAACUUAUUUUAGACGCUUUUGUAGAGUGUGAAUAGGUGCGCGCUAAUGUGAUGUGGGCUCUUGCUCCUUUAGUAAGUUUUUAGCAUGUACCGUAACAGUUGAUAUAACGGUACUCACACCUAGUCGAGAAUCUAUGAAUUUUAUGUCGAGAUAUGACGGUGUAUAAGGUAACGAGUGACGUGUUUUAACAAGUGACUUGUUCACAUGUAAAUGUGCUCCAGGACAUUGUGCCUUUAUUUCGCUCUAUGCAACAGUGCGACUGGUCUUUCGACAAAUGAAAACAGAAUGACCUGCCGAAGAUAAUGCUUUAUCGCCUUUGGCCCUGCUACUUUUAUGCGAUUUUUGCUUUGAUCAUGUGCUUAAAAGCAAUCGGCUAGGGCUGGCCGAUUUCCACAUUUUUGCAAAUAUUUUGGACGGUUUUGCUGCGCGCACUGCCAGACGACCGGCUAGUCUGGUCUCUGUAAUCGGGAUGUGCUUCCAGCUCGGUGCUUUUACGUUACACUUCCAUCCAGUAUCAUGGAACAAUGUUCACAGCUUACGUGCAUUUGAAGCGUGCCUUCCUGACUCUCGUAAUAUGUUAUCGCGACUGACUGCAUGUGCCGCGAAGGUAACCCACCUGGCGAGUUUAACGGUGCAGCCUGAUAGCCGCCGAUCUUCGCGGCAACCCUCGUACGAGUGACAACCCUCACACUAGCUUCUAGAGGUCAUCCACAUCUGUGCCAAUGUCGCAAAUAUACGGUUUUACUAAUA